AUGGAUUUAAAUGUUAUCAACGAUACUUGCCAAAAAGGUACCCCACGUUUCCCAGAAGAAAAAACUCAAACUACCAAAGUUGUUAAAACUCAAAAAUGGGUAAACAAUUCAAAUACUUAUGAUGAUGGUGUCAUCAAAUUAGAACAACCAAGACAAAGAGUUUUAGUUGAAAAACAACAAACUCAAAUCAAAGUUGACGAAGGAAAGGACAAUAUUAAUGUUUAUGAAAUGCCACCAGAAAUUAUUAUUAAAGAAAAUGCUACUGAUUUAGAAGUUGUUGAAAAAUCAUUAAGAGCUGAUGUUAAUGUACCAGCUGCUCAAGUUGAAAUUCAACAACCAGCUCCAAGAAUUUUCUUAGAUCAACAUGCCCCAAUUAUUGAUGUUAACCAAAUGGCCCCAAGAGUUGAAUUUAUUCAAAGAGAACCAAUUGUUAGUGUUAACCAACCAAAGGCAUCUGUUAUUAUUAAUCAACAAAAACCAGAAGUUCAAAUUCAAUCAUCCAAACCAUUAGUUUCAUUUGCUUCAGCUGCUCCACCAAAUAUUAAAGUUACCCAACAAGAACCAUUAAUUAAAUUAAUUAGAGGUGAACCAAUUGUCCGUAUCUCUGAAUUCAAAGGUACUCCAGAAAUUAUUUUACAAAAAUCUGAUAGUUGUGUACUCAAUGUUAAACCAAUGCCAGCUCCAGUCCUUACUCUUUCAAAAGGUAAAAUGGCCACUGAAUUCGUCUCAACCACCAGCCAACAAAACUCUUCACCAAAAAUAAUUAAAAAAGAAGAAACCUUCAUCAGAAAAGAAGAUGGUAAAACCACCAAAUUUGAAAAGAAAGCUGAAUGGUUAAACGAAAAACCAACAAUGUCACCAAAAAUUAGACAACAAGUUUAA